GUGUCAGAGGGAGCAGGGUCCCAGAAAAUCCCCCCUGCCCCACGUGGGCUCGGUGGUUUGUGUGGGAUUCGCCUCUGGGAAUUGUGCUUUGGGGAUAUGGGGUUGGUCCAGCCCUGCCACCCCCGUCGUCACACGCUGGGGAGUCUGCACUGAGGAACUACUGGGAAUUUUACUGUGAAACCUGCGUGUCUCUCCCAGACAAGGGGAACUGGGAGGAUUCAUAUUGCUGGGGGAGGAGGAUAAACAAAUUGAAGACUUUAAUCUUCCCUGGCUCAUCACUGGCAUCAAACCCACCCAAAAUCAGCUGAGUCACACUGGCCCAGCAGCCAGCUGGGUGGGGGCAGGUUUGAGAUAAACAUUUUGCUAUCAAGGCCUGUCCAGACCUUGUUUAUUCACUUCUCUCCCACCCUGAGCCGCCCACGCUGCAGUUUGGGGGGGUCCAAUCCUGCCAAGGGCAGAGACUUCAUCAUUUUCUGGAUGUGAGGAUCGAUCAGUGCUCUGCACACGGGGAGUGUUGGGUGGGUUUGGGUGUCUGCAGAGCAGGACUCAUCUGGGCAGAGCUUGUUCUUGGCAUAGGAAGCACCAUCUGAAUGGUGACGCAGCAAAAGCGGGGGGGAACUGAAGGGACUCGCUCAUUUUUUAAGGGGAAACAUUGGGCAAAGCUAUUUAUCCCAGGACCUCUGCCCUAAUCCUGCUUCAGCCACGUUCCUGGACACUCCACUAUCAGCCCUGUCCCACAGGAGGGUGUUAAAAACCCUCUGUGACCCAUAAAUGCCCUUUCUCACACACGUCUCCCAAAGGAAGAGGCAUUUUGUUCCUGGUGUCAAGGUAGACACUGAGAAGCCCAGCAGAGCCGCCACCAUGGUGCACUGGUCAGCAGAGGAGAAGCAGCUCAUCAGCAGCAUCUGGGGCAAGGUCAACGUGGAGGAAUGUGGGGCCGAGGCCCUGGCCAGGCUGCUGAUCGUCUACCCCUGGACCCAGAGGUUCUUCUCCAACUUCGGGAACCUCUCCAGCCCCACAGCCAUCAUCGGCAACCCCAAGGUCCGUGCCCACGGCAAGAAGGUGCUCACCUCCUUCGGGGAGGCCGUCAAGAACCUCGACAACAUCAAGGGCACCUACUCCAAGCUGUCGGAGCUGCACUGUGAGAAGCUGCACGUGGACCCCGAGAACUUCAGGCUCCUCGGAGACAUCCUCGUCAUCGUGCUGGCCUCCCACUUCGGCCGGGAUUUCACCCCCGCCUGCCAGUUCGCCUGGCAGAAGCUGGUGGGUGUCGUGGCUCACGCCCUGGCCCGCAGGUACCACUGAGCCCCCGGGCAGAGCGGGAGCGCGGGGGGAUGUCCCGGGGACCCCUCGGGCCGCGACCGCCAAAUAAACGC